GGUACAGCAGAUAACACCUAUAUACUCUACAUAAUCUUUCAUCAUCAAAAACUCCUUCCAGGCUAUUUUCUUUAUUGAUCAAGUUCUAGAAGAAUGGCCAUCCUUAUGCCUCGGCUCACUAAAGCAAAAAAAAUUCUCCGAAGAUCAUUUUCUAAUGAAAGAACAUUAACAGACAUUCCAAAAGGCUAUCUUGCUGUUUAUGUUGGAGAGGGAGGCAAGAAGCGGUUUAUAGUUCCUGUAUCGCUAUUAAGCCAAGCUUCAUUUCAAGAAUUACUACGCCAAUUUGAAGAAGAGUUUGGGUAUGAGCAUCCGAUGGGUGGCCUCACAAUUCCAUGCAGUGAAAAGAUAUUCAUUGACGUUGCUUACUCUUAAUAAAUAUGUGACAUUUUUUGUAGACUAGUUUGUAUAUCACUAGUUUAAUUAGUUACUAAAACCAUUCAUGGUUUUUGUACAGAAAGCACAGUUGUCAUCAUUUGUAUGAAAUGCCAAGUUGCAAUUAUUCUUGAUAUGAAAGCAAUGUCCAUAACCAAA